CUCAACAUCAAAGUCACUCCACCGUAUUCAAACACAAUGAAAGAGACAGUCGGUUCACGGAGAAAAUUAUGUAUCAUCAAUAAACGAUUGGAUGGGAAAAUAGCAAUCGUGACAGGAUGUAACACUGGAAUCGGUCUUUAUACAGCCAGUGAAUUAGCUCGUCGUGGUGCAACAAUCAUUAUGGCAUGUAGAAAUAUUGAACGAGCCAACAAAGCUAAAACACGUCUAUUGGAAAUGUAUGGUAAUAACAAUAGGAAAAGUGAACAAAUCGAUGUUGCAUGUAGUCAAGUGAAGUCAUCUUUAAAGCCUAUCGAAUCAGAUCAGUUGAUCAUUGAACAACUUGAUCUGGCUUCGUUAACAUCAAUCAGAGAAUUUGUUGACAGAAUCAAAAGUAAAUACAACAAAAUAGAUUUUCUCAUCAACAAUGCUGGACUCAUACUACAGAACUAUACAACAACUGAAGAUGGUUUCGAAAUGACAAUGGGAGUGAAUUAUUUUGGACCAUUUCUAUUGACAGAAUUGUUGUUACCAUUGUUAAAGAAUGCUGCACCAUCACGAAUAAUAAAUGUGUCAUCUGCACUGCAUAAAGAUGGAUGCAUUCUAAAACCUGAUUUGCAGUACAGUAAGGAAAAUUAUAAUGCAAUGAAGGCAUAUAGUGUAUCGAAAUUGGCAAAUGUGAUACAUACUAUUGAAUUGAAUGAACGUUUGAAAGAUAGUGGUGUAGUUGCUGUGAGUUUACAUCCCGGAACUGUCAAAACUGAAGUGCUGAGGGAUCUGAGAAAGUUUCCUAUGAAUAUUGUACAACCACUUAUUCGACCUUUCUUUACUACACCAUGGAAAGGUGCACAAACUACUUUAUAUACUGUACUGACAGAUAACUUGGCUCCUGGAGGUUAUUAUUCAAAUUGCACAUUGAAAAAACCUUCAAAAUCUGUUCAAAAUGGGGAAGACAGAAAAUGGUUUUGGAAUAAAACAUGUGAACUAUUAAACAUACAAUGUAAUAACUAG